AUGGAAAUCCAACAAAUGGGGAAUAAUAGUAAAGACAAGGCAUAUAAGGGGGGUUUGUAUUAUGAGAAACAUGGUGAAAUCACACAUGUUAAAUUUGUUAAAGUGGAUAAGGAGGAGACUGCUAGAUGUGCUUUUAAAUAUUCUUCAAGGAUAUCUGGUGAGGGAAUUUUGCGCCCGUGGUUCUAUGUGUUUUGUAAGCAGAAGUGUUUUAGGAGUUUACCUUGUAAUGAAGAGUUGGUGAAGGGUGUUUGGACCGUCUGUUAUGAUCACUAUGACAAGUCCUUAUAUGAUCGGGUUAGAAGAGUGGUGUGUGAUACGAAUUCUUCCUAUACUGAGAGUAGCAAACUCUUCAUUAAGAAUGCAAGAGACUGUCUUCAUCCUUAUUGGAUAGAAACGAUAAGUCAAUUGAUUAAUGCUGUGACUCGCAUUCAUGGCAAAUGA